CGACGCAGCAUGGGCUAUACGAAGAACCACGGACUGCGGAUCCUACUUUCGAUCUUGGUCCUCCUCCCGGGACAGGGAGUGAGAUCGGAAUAUGGCGACCUGGCUGGCGAUUGGCAGGUGGACUACGGUCAGCAGGAGUUGAAACUCCUGGAGGACGAGAGCCAGCAGGUGGAAUUGCACAUAUACAAUGUGAUACCGAAGGAUGCGUCGCUGGACUACUACUUCGAGGUGUACUCAAAGGAUGAUCAGCGUGCCUCGUCCAUGGUUAGAAUACCGAAGGAGGACUUCGAUCUGCUGGGCAGCUGGCGAGGAUUGAUCGAUGUCACGGGUGUGCGAUUCGGUUACAGUUCGCUGGAGGUGGAGCUGAAGGCGGGCGCAGUGACGGAGUCUUAUGCCCAUCCGCUGCGAAUUGCUGUCCUCAGAUCGCGGGUGGUGGACGAGCGGGUGACCACCUAUGUGUCUGCCGCCCUGGCCCUGCUGAUGUUCCUCAAUCUGGGCACCGUGCUGGACAUGCAUCGCCUGGCGGGGAUCAUCUGCCGGCCCGUUGGACCCGUUGUGGGUGUGGUCAGUCGCUUUGUGCUUAUGCCCGCCCUGGGUUUCGGAUUGGGGCGUGCCCUCUGGCCCGGCGCCUGGCCCAUUCAGUUGGCCCUCUUCUACACGGCCCUGGCUCCCAGUGGCGGACUGGCCAACGUGUGCGCCGUGUUCCUCAAGGGGAACAUCAAUCUCUCCGUGGCCACCACCACGAUCAACUGCCUGCUGGCCCUGGCCUUUUUGCCGCUCUGGAUCCUGGUGCUAGGCAGGCUGCUCUACGAGGACGACGAGCUUGCCGUGCCCUUUGGCCAGCUAUCGGGCGGAGCAGCCGCCCUGGUGGCCUGCCUGGCCAUUGGCAUCCUGCUGCGCCUCUGCGUUCCGAGGACCACGCGGUUCAUCUUCCGCUUCCUGAAGCCAUUGUCCGUGGUCCUCAGCUUGAGUCUGGUGGGGUUAACAGUGGGCCUCAACUGGUUCGUCUUCAUGGAGUUCACUUGGCAGGUUCUGGUGGCUGCCGUGUGCCUGCCCCUCGCCGGCUACCUGGCCACCUACCUGCUCGCCAAGCUCCUCUGCCGGUCGGCCACCGACGCCCUGACCCUGUCCAUCGAGGCCAGUGUGCUGAACAUGACCAUGCCCAUUGUGCUGCUGCAGUCCAGCCAGUUGGAGCAGCCGCAGCUGGACCUCGUCCUGGUGGUGCCCAUUGCAUCCUCGCUGCUGUCCCUGGUCCUGGUGAUCCUCUUCUACGGGUUCCGGCGCUGUCUUGGCUGGAACAAGCGGCAGGAUGCCGAUGGGUUUGACCACAAGGAGUUGAUAGCGGAGCACGAAGAGCACGAGAGUGCUUGAAUCGAUCCUUAGUUUUAGGUGUUCUUGUUAGAUAACGAGCUGAACUUUUGCAAGGACUAUGCACUAAGUAAUAAGAUGGAUUUCUCGAUUUUCUGUAACUUCAGAAUAACCUUUUUUACUAUACAACAUUUAAAAAGUGUUGUUUUAGUCUCAAUUCUAUGAAGGUUUAUAUAUUUUGAAAUUGUAAAUAAGUGAAUAAGUAAAUAAGUAAUUGUUAUUAAGUGGUAGUUACCUGUUAAGUAUAAAAAUAAAUUUAUUUUAAGUUAAAUGCAAGAAUAUUAUUUGAUUAUCUUACAGGAAUAAACUCCAUUGUCAAUUA